ACAAGCACAAGCGCCUCAGCGGAGUUCACCACAACUUUCAUGCGGGAUCUGGAAGGAGAGAAACCCACUGCUCGCCCCCCCAUCCAACCACCCCAACCUGGAUGCCCACCAAAGACGCCUGUGGACCCCGGCUUUCCUCCAGGCAGUCGGUGACAACACUAUGGGACUCCGCGCUUCUCUCCUGCGGGCGUGAGCGGGUGUAUGUGUGUGUGUGGCACACACAAGUGGAGAGUGUGGCCAAUUCCUUCGCUCGGGUUUGCCGGUGAGAAGCCAAGGACGGAUUGUUAGAGCUUGUCAAGACUUUCGGGGGGGACUGAGGGCAAGUGUGCAAGGCACGUUUUGUGGCCCCUGGCACCAACACCAACAAUCCCCCUCUCCUUGGCACACCAUGUUGUGGAACCUCUGCCUGUUGGUCCUGCCAAUCUCUGGUCUGCUGGCCCGAGUGUUGGAGACCCCGAGCAGCGUGACGGCGGUGUUUGGCAAAGACGUGGUCCUCCCCUGCGGCUAUCAGGCCACGCAGGGCGAGACGGUGCUGCAGGUCACCUGGCUGAAACGCGGGGACAGUGGGAAGAGCACAGAGUUGGCGGUCCUGAAUUCGGAGCACGGGGUCCACAUCCAGGAUGCCUAUGCGGGCCGGGUGCUACGGCAGGGGCAGGGGUCCCUGGUGAAUGGCUCCAUCCUGCUGAAGAACGCGGUGCAGGCCGACGAGGGCGCCUAUGAAUGCCACCUCAUCACCUUCCCCCAGGGCAACUUCGAGUCCCGCCUGGCCCUCAAGGUUCUAGUGCCCCCAUUGCCAAUUCUGAACCUUGGGCCUCCACUAGAGGAAGGGCAGGGCCGCACGUUGGCCGCCUCCUGCACAGCAGAAGGGAACCCAGUCCCCUCCAUCACCUGGGAGACCGAAAUCCGCGGCGUAUCCAAUACCCAGGAAUCCUCGCACUCCCGCUCAGCCUCAGUCACCAGCGAAUUCUACGUGGUCCCUGGGCGCAGCAUGCACGGCAAGGCCUUGACCUGCGUGGUUUCGCAUCCAGGACUGCAGCACCUGAAGAGGAUCACCCACACCCUCAGUGUGGCCUACCUCUCGGAUGCCUCCAUCCUGGGCCUGGAGGCCGAGCAGGACUGGACGGAAGGCCAGGAAGGGGCUUCUUUGAAGUGCCUCGGAGAUGGGAACCCACCGCCCACCUACAACUGGUCUCGGCUCAAUGAGUCCCUCCCCAGGGGAGUGAGGAUCAAAGGGGAUACCUUGCUCUUCCAGAGACCCCUCAAAACCGGAGACAAAGGGGUUUACAUCUGCCGAGUAUCCAACAGCUUUGCAGCCAAGGAAGUGAGGGCUGUGGUGGGCAUCAAAGAACUCCCAGCCCCACAGGUAGACGUGGUCUCCAUCUCCAUGAUCGGGGUGGGCAUCAUUUCGGUGGUCUUGCUCAGCCUCCUGAUUCUGGUGAUCAUCCUCAUGACAUGCUACCACAAGCGGAAGACCAAGCGCAUCACCAAGAAAUAUGAGGAAGAACUGACUUUGACCCGGGAAAAUUCAAUCCGGCGCCUGCAUUCGAGCCACAGCACGGAGACACGGCAUCAGAUCGAAGAAAACCUUCCCCUGAGGUCGGAGAGCCGGCAAGGGAGUUUCCGCGGGGACAGCCUGUGCCGGGACAGCAGACAGGGCAGCUUUCGCACAGACAGCUUCCGGGAAACCAGCCUCUGUUCAGUGAUGGGAGAAGAAGCCGAGGGACGCAGCUACUCAACCUUAUCAACCGUCCGGGAAAUCGAGACCCAGACCGAGCUUCCCCCGCCACCCCCAACCCCUGUCCCAGAAGAUCAGACGGAGGAGAAGGAGAAAGAGAAGGAGAAGGAGAAAGAGAAAGAAGAAGAGGAAGAGCGGAACGACGAAAACAAUAUCAAGCAAGCAAUGACUCACUUUGUCCAAGAGAACGGCACUCUCCGAGCGAAGCCCACCUCCAACGGCAUCUACAUUAAUGGGCGGGGACACUUGGUCUGACACUCGUGCCCCCUUCCCUGCCGGAUUCCCAGAUCCGAGCCACUCUGAGCCCUCAUCCUAACUGCUUACUGGUGCCUCUUUUGGGGGGGGGGGGGCAAAGAUCUCAUGGGACUCAGGCCCUCUCCUGAGCCACUGGUCCACCCCAGCCGCAGGCUCUCCACCUUGAGAUCUCCUGAAGGCCCCUUCCUUCUUCCCAAGACUUUGGCCAACGUAGAAGCCAACUUCUCCUCUAACACGGAAGACAUCCUGAAGAUGCUCGGAAGCCACUUCAGGAACUGGGAGCCUCGGGUUUCCCCUGUCCCCCACCCCCCCAACUGUUCUGGGCUGCCUCUUUGUAUGAACUCAUUUUGGAGUCUUUUGUGGCCAGGGAUGACUCAGGUAAUGGGGGGAGAAGGACAAGCAAGAUGUCCCUUCAGGGCUCUUCAGGUGACUCAGCUGGGCUCAGGGGCAAAAUCAUAGAAACUCCUGUGUCUUUUCUAGCAAUUAUUAUACUUAACUGUUGUUGCCGUUGUUAAGAUGGCCCUUGGUCCAUCUUUGGACAAAGGUUCCCACAGGCCACCAGCUGUUAAAAAGAUGAGCUCAAUUUUAAUUAUUAUUUUUAUUUGUGUAUUAUUAAUAUGAACCGGGCAAGGAACAUUUUCCACUGUUAAGUUUCAAGGACUUCCCAGGAAAUGCUGAAGAAAGUACCUGGAGGCACCCACAGAAGUCCUAGUUCUGCUGGGUCAACGAUCUUGAAUAACAUGCUUCUGCUCGGCCUGCACCAUGGGACCAGUGGUUCUACAACUCCCAAAGCCAUUUAGAGCAGAGGUCUCAAAACUUGGCGACUUUAAGACUUCUGGACUUCAACUCCCAGAAUUCUCCAGC